UCAUGCAGGGUUGUUUUCUGAUAGGGAUAGGGAUGGGGAUGGCGAAGCAAGAUAUGAGAAUGAUAGGUGUAGUGGCAAUGGUAGUAGUCUUGUGGUGUUGGUCUGUUGGGGUAACAUCACAGUCGACCUCCUCUAGGCCUGUUUUUAUCUUUGGGGACUCAUUGGUCGACAGUGGGAAUAACAAUUACCUUGUUACCAUUGCCCGGGCAGAUUACAGCCCUUAUGGCAUAGACGCUCCCAAUCGUCGAGCCACUGGUCGCUUUUCCAAUGCAAUGAACAUUGCAGAUCUUAUAUGUGAGAUGCUGGGGACCGAGCCUGUGCUGCCUUAUCUGAAUCCCAGUAUAGGAACACCCAGUAACUUACUCCGUGGCGCCAAUUUUGCUUCUGCAGGCGUGGGCAUUCUAAACGAUACGGGAAUCCAAUUUGGGCCCGUUCUGCGGAUGUUCGUGCAGUUGGAGUUUUUCAGAGAAUAUCAGAACAGAGUGGCUGCAAUAAUCGGACGUUCUGCAGCAGAUCAGAUGGUUGCUAACGGGCUUAUUUCCAUCACUCUUGGCGGCAAUGACUACGUCAACAACUAUUAUCUUGUUCCCGUCUCUGUCAGAUCUGUCGAGUAUCCUAACGUAGCAGACUACAACAACUUCAUUGUUCGAGAAUAUAAGAAAAUUCUGGCGCGACUGUAUGAGCUGGGAGGAAGAAGAAUAAUGGUGACAGCAACUGGUCCUUUGGGUUGUGUUCCAUCACAGCGAGCACUCAGAACGUUGGACGGUGGAUGUGAUCCCACACUUCAGAGAGUCGCUGGGCUAUUUAAUGCUGGACUACGGAACAUAAUCAAUGAGCUGAAUAGCCAGUAUGGCGGCACAGUGUACACUUUUGCUAAUAGUUUCGACAUGAAUAUGGACUUUGUGAACAAUCCUCAAGCAUUUGGGUUCCAGACGGCUCAGUAUGCUUGCUGUGGGCAAGGGCGAUUCAAUGGCAUAGGCACUUGUAGUCCUAUUUCUGCAGUGUGCCCAAACAGGAAUGUCUACGUAUGGUGGGAUGACUAUCAUCCCACAGAAAGAGUCAACAGGAUUGUAGUCAAUCGUCUCUUCAAUGGUGGGUCCUCUGAUAUGUAUCCCGUCAACCUCAGAACCAUGCUUAACAUGGACGACUAAUUUUUUUCAUGGCACCCCUCCCUCCAUUAAUAGUUUGCUCUUAUCACUGAAUAAACCGAUUGCCUUGCUUUAAUGAUUGAAUAAAGCGAUAGCUGUUUGUUCGUUGUACUGUUAGCUUGUUUGCAUAUCAGAUUGUAUAAAUAUCUGAUGGUUUACCAUCAUUUGCCCAAUAAAUAGGGGCGUCUAUGUAAGCUAGAUAGUAGUGGUAUAGUUUACACAGUAUAAAAUUCUAUAUAAAAAUAUGGAAUUGUGUGGUAUCUCCAGAUGAAUUGUUUACAUGGGUUGUUUCAGUUACAGUGAGGAUAGAAAAUCCAGAAUCCCUCUCCAUUCCCUUGCUUUUGGAGGGCGUUCUUUGGACAAUGAUGGGAUUCUUACAUCAUAUUAUGUUUAUUGUUCAUGAAUCAAUAUCUAAUGAAGAAUUAAAGGUCAUUAAUGUUA